UAUGGCCGCAGGAGUGUCAAUCACUCGCACGAUGCUCCUCCCAUUAGGCGUGUUCCUCCUGCUCUCCUUCCCUGUGAUUGGCUCGUCAGCGCUCAGUGCCCCCGCCCUCUCUCUCCGGGACCAAUGGGCGGUGGCGGUCAACGAUGGCCCCACCUACAACGGAAGUGACGUAGAAGACCUGGUCUGUCCAACAGAUGACUGUGCCUGUUACAUCAUGAACGGGAAACGCCUGAUCUGGAUGGACUGCCCCGUCUCCCACGUGUCCACGCGCCUCCAACUACUCAUCAGCUUCUUCCGCCCCCGCCACACGGGCUACCUGGAGUUCACGUGCACCUACUCAGUCCUGCAGCCGGCCGACACCGCCCCGACCUCUGAACUGUGGGACGGUGCCUUCCAGGACCUCAGUUCUCUCACAGGUCUCUCUUUCCGGAACUGUCGUUUUGAGACGCUGUCCAGGGACGCGUUCCGCGGGCUGGUGUCCCUGAAAGAGCUGUACAUCCAGGGCGCUGUGAUUCAGACCCUCGACUCUGCCCUCCUCACCCACCUCCCGCGGCUUCAGAAGCUGGAGAUCAGCGGCAGUGGCGUCACCCGGAUGUUCCCUCUCUGUACCUCCAGCCCCCUCCGUAUUCUCAACGUGACGGGGAACCACCUGACUCGUGUGGAGAACGCGGGGGUGUGGUGUCCCGACCAGCCUCUCAUUCACCUCGAAGUCUUGGACUUGAACAACAACUUCAUCGAAAGCGUGCCCCGAUGGCUGCCUCAAGCCAUGCCGAACCUGCACCAUCUCGGAAUCGCGGAUAACUACAUCACAAAGUCGGAGAAGUCGUCUUUUAAGAACUUGCCCAAGCUGGCUUUUCUAGACGUGUCCAACAACUCGCUGCCGCGGCUCCACCCGACCUAUUUCGAAGGAUGCGGAAAUCUCCUGGCUCUAGGUUUGAGUGGGAACAAAGUGUACGCCUUACCCCAGGGCUUGUUGUCCAACUUGUCGCACCUACGUCAGUUGGAGAUCGCGGAGAUGGGUCUGGACGAUCGUGUGUGGCUGGAGAUGACAGAACUUAGACAGCUCCGACAACUCAACGCUUCCUACAACGUUCUGACCAGCUUCAGCGUGGAUAUCAUGUCCCAGUUUUUGCUACUGGAGAGUCUGUACCUGAACCACAACAGGCUCUCUGCUUUCCCGGGCGACACUUUCUUGUACCUUUUCAGAAUUCAAAUCUUAGAUUUGUCGUUUAACGACUUGUACGCUAUCCCCGAUCUCGCUUUUACAAAUCAGCCUGAGCUGCAGUAUCUGUUGCUUCACCACAAUAACAUUUCGAGGAUCGGGCUCAAAGCUUUCACUUCGCUGCAAGGAGUUCUGGAAGUUGACCUGUCUGACAAUCUCAUCUCGUACAUACCUUCUGAAACUUUCGUGCCUAUGGAAAUGCUUCGGAAGUUGAACAUCAGCAGCAAUAACAUCGGGGUAUUAGACAAAGGAAUAUUCUCCGAGAACUUUGACCUCCAGUUCCUGAAUAUGUCCCACAAUGUGCUGAAGACAAUUCCUGCGCUGAGCAAACUGAGAGACCUCGAAAUUGUUGAUAUCUCCUACAACAACAUAUCGUACUUGGACCCUGAAACGUUCAUAGGUUUGAAGGAACUAAGUCACGUCUACAUGGAUCACAACAACUUGACUUCUUUACCCGUCAAACUGUUCCAAGGUUGCGAUAAGGUAAUCCACCUGAACUUGUCACAUAACUCAAUACAGCGUUUAGACGAGCUGCUUUUUAGCAGCACAUUAUCUGUAGACGUCAUAGAUUUUUCCUACAACGAAAUCACUGACGUCACACGCGUGUUUAGCGGUCUGAAACGACUGAACUCUUUAAAUCUAGCUCACAACAAAAUCACCAAAAUACACCGCGGCCAGUUCCCGCCGUCUGUCGUAGACCUGGACCUGAGCAACAACCACAUCAGCACCAUCUCUGCCCACACGUUCAAGUCGAUGAGCAGCCUGAAAAGAGUGGACUUGAGACUCAACCGACUGACGUCAAUCUCCAAGAUGGCGGUGGAAGUGGCGUUCAAUCUGCCCUACGAGCCCACGUUUCUCAUCAACUACAACCCUCUCGUGUGUAACUGUCACCUGGGCUGGCUCAAAGACUGGUCGGACGGACGGCUAAAGGACAUCGUACCGCUCCCAAACUUCAAACUGUCCUUGAACCUACACUGCCAGUCUCAGUUCUACUCCCCGAGCGUUCUACAAAGGGUCCCCCGCGAGGAGUUUCUGUGCAACUACACAAACUACUGCGAGGACUCGUGCGUGUGCUGUGACUACGACGCGUGUUACUGCAAGUACACAUGCCCCAGCGCCUGCACCUGUUUCCUGGGAGACGACUACCUCCAGGUACAUCACGUGCUGUGUAACUCCGCCAGCCUGACCGCUGUCCCGCCCAGUCUCCCAGAGGGCGCCACAAAUCUCCGCCUGGACGGCAACAACAUCCAGACCCUGAGGCGACACACGUUCCUGGCGUUGAAACACGUGACCACGCUGUACUUAAACCACAGCCAGAUCAACACCAUUCAGAACCACACCUUCAAAGGACUCAAAUCUGUCCGCGUUCUGUAUCUCAACGAUAAUUUCCUCUCAGCAGUAUACUCGGUGACUUUCAAGGGCCUGGAGAACUUGGAAGAGCUCCAUCUGGAAAAUAACGACAUAUUCUUCAUCGACAGCCAAGCUCUGCUGAGCCCUGAGCCGCUGAGGUACGUGAACGUCCAGGGUAACAGCCUGGUCACGAUAUCUCUGGAGGACAUCACCAUCUUCGCCAACAGAACCACGGAAGGGGAACCCCCGGCCCGACUGUUUCUCAGUGGCAACCCGUGGAGCUGUGACCUGGAGUUUGUGAAACCUUUCCUCAAAUUCUUGCUCUCGUUCUCCAACUCCGUCAUGGACAUUUCUUUCAUCGAAUGUCUCACGUCCUCCACGGAAAAACCAGGCAUGGCGCAACCGACGGGCCGUCUGCUGCUGGAUUUCCAGAAGUAUCUGGAGACGGAGAACCUCACAGCCACGUCGAAUCUCACCUCUUCCGGCGAACACGCUCCGGACUCGAACGUUGAGACGUACGCGUUGAUAGCGGCCUGCAUCAUCGUCGCCUUCCUCAUCGUUCUGCUCAUCGUGAUCUACUUCAACAGACACCUCCUGCAGGUUCUCUGCUUCACCAGGUUCGGAUGCCGCAUGUUUAAAAUGGCGAAGGCGAGCGAUGACGACCGGCCAUACGACGCGUUUAUCUCCUACAGCAACAAGGACGAGGAUUUCGUCAUACGCCAGCUGGCGCCGCGCCUCGAGAAUGGAGACAAGAAGUUCCGGCUGUGUCUCCACUAUCGUGACGUCACUGUGGGGGCGUGUAUCGCGGAGACGAUCGUGCGGAGCGUAGAGGCCAGCAAGAGAACCAUCCUAGUCGUGUCGGACAAUUUCCUGGACUCGGAGUGGUGUCGGUUUGAGUUUCAGACCGCUCACCAGCAGGUUCUCGACGAGCGCAGGAAUCGUGUGAUCCUCGUGUUAAUGCACGAGCUAGACUCCGAUAAGCUCGAUGGUACUCUCAAGAUGUACAUGCGCGCUCGCACUUACCUCAAAUACGACGACCCCUGGUUCUGGGAGAAGCUCAUGUUUGCCAUGCCGGAUAUCCGCUAUCGCACAAAGCAGACGGAGCAGCUGCACCACCACCAUCACCUCCACAAUCAUCUUCUCGAUCAGCAACAACAACAGCAACAACAGCAGCAGCAGUUUCACCAACCUGCUCGCCUGCCCAGCUCGCGGGAGUUGGAAUACCUCGCUAGAACUCUGUCACAACUUCACCGCGACAACCUCACACCACAACAACAGCAACAACAGCAACAAGAGCAACUACAACAACAACAAGUACAACAACAACAACAACAACAACCACAACAACCACAACAGCUUCCAGCGUCAAUGCUCACCAAACAGCAGUGCGUGGAAGGUAGUGGCGGCAGUGUGCGGUGUCCAGAGGGCGCUAUCCACAACGACAUGUAUGAGAUCCCCGUCCUGGACUCUCAGAGCAUGACCUACCAGCUGGCCAACGGCUGUGGCUGCGCCAUCACUCACACCAACACCGCCUACCGCCACUCGGACUGCAACUGCAGCGACAGCACCUCGGGCUACCACAACGGCUCCAUGGACGGCAGCGCCUGCGUCCACUAUGAGGAGGUGGGGCCUCCCGUCUGGUCCUCGCUCCAGACCACGCCCAACAGACAGUUACUGACAGGGGAGACCCCGCCCCCUCCGCUGCCGUCCAUUCCCAAAGAGGGCCUAUUGCCCAAAGACAGGAUCAUGACUCUGCAGGUCUAGCCCUUCUUCCCGGCCAAAUGAGAAUGACAAUAAUACUGUGAAUACUAUUACUAUUACUGAAUAUAAUAGUAAUGAUAACAGUAAUACUAUUACUGACAAUAAAAUAGUAUUAUUAAUAACAGUAAUAAUAUUACAUGGUGAUAAGAAUAUUGCAAUUAAUAUUAGUAUCCGUAGCAAUGGCAAUGAAAACAAUGAUUGUAAUGUACGAUAUUAUGAGAGGAUAUGAGUGGACACCUUAGAGGUUGCAACAUUGCAAGUUGCCCAUAGAAACUAAAAUGAUCAUUGUUAAUUUAGAAAGAGCGGGCAGGAUAGGAAAAUUCUUGUGGAUCAUCUGUGCAGGAGUAUAAUACACACAACGUUCUGAAAGUCAAUAAUGGUAAUGAUAAUGAAAAUAAUUAUGAUAUAAUGAAUUUAUGAUAUUUUAAUUCUAGCGAAAACGUAUAUUUAUAAGACUGAUAUUUCCUUUGGAAUUACAUUAUUCUGGGGUUGGGUAGUAAGACGUUAUGCUUUAAAACAACAAAAGUUCUGAGUUAACUUAAAAGGUUGGGCCUUUUUUGUGCGACUUUUAAUGUCCAUCAGGCCUAUCAGAUUUGUACCCUUUUCGAUUCUGAGAAAUACUUUUGUUCUCACAGUUUUGGUCUCUAACAGAGAGCUCUAUAGCCUAGUGGUCGACACUUUGAAAUGAACCAAAUAAUAGUAUAACGUGAGCGAAACAGAUAGCCAGUUUGAAUCUCUUUUUUUAUAACCGGUACUCGGGAUUACAUACAAUACCGAAUAGCCACAACAGAUAAUGAUGAACCAAAUAAGACAUCCGUUUUGAUAAUGCCGUUGCUCCCAAUAACUUCACGACGUGUAAUUAUCCCUACUGUACUGAUUCUAGAUAUGAGAGCAAGAUCUUGCAAUUAUCGCUCGUCGUACUUUCAGUUCUGUUGACACCGAGAUGGUUCACAGCGUGAAGGAUCCUGUUUCGAAACCCUAACAGGCGGUUGUUGUUUUCUAUUUUAACAUUUCAAUUGGAUUGGUUUUCAUAGCUCUCUGCCCUCAUUUCUCACUUAUACUACCGGAGAUGUAGGGAGAUGUUCGUUAAACCACAUACCCUCGCUUCUUCGACAACCAUUACAGUUUUGGAAAGGUUGUUCCAUCUAUUAUAUUAUUAUAAAACCUAGCAAUAAUAUGAGACAGCGUAGUGAAAUCAGGCUCUCGUCAAAAUAAUCAA